AUCCUAUGUCAUCAACUCAAAGGGCUUUGUUGUUCUUUCGGGACUAAAACACGGAGAAAAUGGUGUUUAAUGCGUUACAAAGAACCUCGGUAAAGUAAAUCUAACAUUUCAUUAGGUCACAUCGACUAGGAAUCCAAGCAGGUGUGGUGUUAAAUCGGUGUGUUUUGGUGGAAAAGUAGCGUUAUUAGGAAACCAAAUCACUUCAGCAGUGAGCUAGCAUUAGCCACUCCGGGAGGGUUUCCAGAUUGGAGCGGAAGGAAUUCCAGGCACUGCGAAGAAGACAAAUCUCUGCUAGGAUGCCUCACGCAAGUUGGAAAAAACUGUAUUUAACAUUUCCAGUCGGAGCCAUGGAACUAUAAACGCGAAGCAUGUGUUCGUUUGACUCAUAUUACACCACAAAAACAAUUUAAUGGUGAUUUUGUAACUGUCAACGUGCCUGUUUAGCGAGUUAGCCACGUAGCUACGUAGCCGUCAGCAGGAGGACAUUUAAAAUGGCGGAAGAUUGGCCCAUUCCUUCGGCCCUCGUCUUCAUGCUGUUGAGUUUUAGUGUCUGGUCUGGGGAGUCCUGUCCGGCUCCGUGUUCGUGUUUAAAAGGACCAGAUGAGGUCCACAUCAUGGACUGCAAUAGGAAAAGGCUGUCCGCGGCUCCCUUAGACCCACCAGAGGGACUGACCCAAGUCCUCAUGAAUCACAAUGAGCUGACUGUUCUUCCCUUUCUCGGAGAUGUUUCAUCAAACAUCACCUCAUUGUUUCUGGUCCACAAUCGGAUCUCAGAGCUGUCAAUGCAUCAGCUGCAGCCGUAUGUGUCCUUGGAGUCACUGGAUCUGACAUCCAACUCCAUCUCUGAGCUCAAAGUUGGAUCGUUCCCCUCCAUGCAGCUGAAAUAUCUGAAUUUGAGUAAUAACAAGAUCAGUGUCCUCGAGCCUGGCUGCUUUGAAAACAUCUCCAGCUCCCUGCUGGUGCUGAAGCUUAACAGGAACAGAUUAGCUGUGCUGCCAUCCAAAGUCUUCAAACUUCCACAACUUCAGUUCCUUGAAAUGAAGCGUAACAAGAUCAAGAUUGUGGACAGCCUGACUUUCAAAGGGAUGGAUUCACUAAAGUCACUGAAGAUGCAGAGAAAUGGCAUCACUAAGUUAAUGGAUGGAGCCUUUUUUGGACUAAACAGCAUUGAAGAACUAGAGUUGGAGCACAAUAAUUUAACAGAGGUCAACAAAGGUUGGCUGUAUGGCCUGCGCAUGUUGCGUAUCCUGCGAGUCAGCCAGAAUGCCGUCAGCAUCAUUCGACCAGACGCUUGGGAGUUUUGCCAAAAACUGGAAGAACUGGACCUUUCUUUUAAUUAUCUGACCAGGCUGGAGGAGACUGCUUUCGUAGGAUUAGGUCUCCUGGAGAGCCUGAACCUGGGAGAGAACUCCAUUAGCCAUUUGGGAGAGGAGGUCUUCAACGGUCUUGGCAGCCUGCGCACUCUAGAUAUCCGCAAUAAUGAAAUCUCCUGGGCCAUUGAAGACUCCAUUGGCGUGUUUGAUGGAAUGAAGAAGCUGAAUACACUAAUCCUGCAGCGGAACAAAAUCAAAUCGAUCACGAAGAAAGCAUUCGAGGGCCUGGAGGAGCUGGAGCACCUGGACCUGAGCAAGAAUGGCAUCAUGUCGAUACACCCAGAGGCCCUGUCCCACAUGAAGCUCAAAGUGUUCAUUCUGAACACAAGCAGCCUACUGUGUGACUGUCACAUGCAGUGGCUGGGGCCCUGGCUGACUGACAGACCUUUCCAGCAUUCUGUGUCUGCUAUUUGUGCACAUCCUGCCAGCCUGUUUGGUCGCAAUGUCCUUUCCAUCAGCCCAGAUGAAUUUGUUUGUGAUGAUUUCCCCAAACCUCAGAUCACAUCUCAUCCAGAGACAUCUGUGGCACUGCGGGGUAACAACGUGACUCUGAGCUGCGUCGCAUCAAGCAGCAGUGAUUCACCAAUGACCACAGCGUGGCGGAAAGACGGAGAAGUGCUGUAUGAUGCUGAAGUACAUUAUGCCCGCUACCAAGAGGGAGAGCUGAUCUACACCACUGUACUCCACCUCCUUAAUGUCAACUUCACUGAUGAAGGGCGCUACCAGUGUGUGGUCUCCAAUCACUUCGGCUCCAACUACUCCAACAGGGCGAAGCUCACUGUUAAUGAACUGCCAUCCUUUCUUAAGACUCCCAUGGAUUUGACAAUCAGGACUGGGACUAUGGCCAGGCUGGAGUGUGCUGCUGAAGGCCAUCCAUCACCCCAGAUUGCUUGGCAGAAGGAUGGAGGCACUGACUUCCCUGCCGCCCGAGAACGCAGGAUGCAUGUGAUGCCAGAUGAUGACAUCUUCUUUAUUGCAAACGUGAAGACGGAAGACAUGGGAGUGUACAGCUGCACCGCUCAAAAUGCAGCUGGCAGCUUAUCAGCCAACGCUACUCUUACUGUCCUGGAAACUCCAUCCUUCAUGCGGCCACUGGAGGACAGAACAGUGGCCCGUGGUGAAACUGCUGUGCUCCAGUGUAUUGCUGGAGGCAGCCCCGCCCCACGUCUUAACUGGACCAAAGACGACGGGCCUCUGGUGCUGACAGAGCGCCACUUUUUUGCUGCGGCGAACCAACUCCUUAUUAUAGUAGAUGCCGGCCCUGCUGAUGCUGGAAAGUACACCUGCAUCAUGUCUAAUACGCUGGGUACAGAGAGAGGUCACAUUUAUCUGAGUGUGUCGCCGUCGCCCAACUGUGACACCGGCACAGGAUAUGAUCAAGACGGAUGGACCACUGUGGGCAUCGUUGUGAUCGUUGUGGUCUGCUGUGUGGUUGGGACGUCACUGGUGUGGGUCAUUGUGAUUUACCACAUGCGCAGGAAGAGUGAGGACUACAGCAUCACCAACACAGAUGAGAUGAAUUUGCCAGCAGACAUCCCAAGCUACCUUUCCUCUCAGGGUACUUUAUCCGAGCCUCAGGAAGGAUACAGUAACUCUGAGGCAGGAAGCCAUCAGCAGCUGAUGCCUCCUCUCUCCAAUGGAUAUGUCCAUAAAGGCACCGACGGUGUGUGUUAUGGAGACACAAGCAGUGAGGUGGAAACUGAGGGGAAUAACAUGCUGCACUGUAGGAUCGGCUCUUUGUUCACUGGCCGUAGCAGCUUCCAGCCUGGAGAGUCCCGUGAGGGACUAACUGGAGUCCCUACAGCUGGCGCUGGUCCGUUGGUCAUCUGCUCUGACUGCUAUGACAACGCCAACAUCUACUCUCGAACGCGGGAGUACUGCCCCUACGCCUACCUAGGGGAGGAUGACCCACUGGACAAAUGUCUACCAGGCCUCAAAGAGAGCUUCACAGAGCAUGCUCAGCAUGAGGACUCUGCUUUGGAAAGCCUCAUUAGUAACCAAUACUCCUCUGGGUUUCUCACCUCACAUGACAAAAGCCUCAGUAGCCACACUCCCCCUGAACACUGCACUAAUGAUUCCCUCAGCAGGUCUCUGUGGGGAGAAGGGGAAGAUCCAUCGUCGAAACCCCAGCCUGUUAUUUCGCAGCUCCCAGUGACUGUCCACAGGACCCCUCCUCUGACUUCCACCGCCGAUGUGGAAGUUGAACAGAGUGACGCAGAGGCGGACCGCUUCCCCCACCAGUGCACACAGGACCACAGAAGUGCCUCUAAUAGGACUAACCCACAGGAGCACCACGCUCCCACAUAGGUCCUAACACUCACCCACGGUCUGCCUCGGACUCCUUGUUGCUGCACCCUCUCCUUCACCCACUACCUCCAAAGAGACUUCCUCACAUUCUGCCAAAGAUGCUCUCUUGUAUGUUUACAUUCCCCUUUCACUCAAGAGGACAUGCUCAAGUUCUCCACUGUGGAAAGACUGCUGUGUUAGGCUGGAAAAAAAAAAAAAAAUGGACCAGUGAUUAAAGUGACCUCCUCCCUGACACCUCCACUUCUGCAGGAUCCCAUUCUCCCACAUCCUCCACUCCUCUUUGUUCUCUGUCUACAGAGAAAGCUAUGAAUGUAUGCUUCAGAGCCAUGUCGGAUGCUGCCAUGAGUAAACACAAGCCAUGGUCAAACCUUCACGAGCUCUUUUCCUCUGUCCCUGCCGCUGUGGGGCUUCGAGUUUGUGCCGGUGCUUUUCUCACUGGCAGUAUUCUCAUCAUUCCCGGUAGAGACACAUUAAGGAGCAGCCUACGUGAUGACUUUGAACAGAUUAUUACACACCACCUCUUCCCAACCCAAGUGGGGAAAUAAGGAGUUUAAUGGGGGGGCGAGUGUAGUCCCCUGACCAGCAGUUUGUAGUCAUUCAAAUAGGAAAAGAACCUCGAAAGCAAACGUCCCACAUUCCCACAGCUGCCCUUACUGACCUAAAAUGAUGCUGUCUGGUACUUUGUUAUGCAAUUCCCAGAGACUGUGACACCAAAAUGUGGUGUAUAUUAUGAAUAUAUAGUAUAUAUAAAAUAUCCUAUAUCGACUGUAUCUGAUAUUUUCUUUUGGCCUUGGUCAAAUGUAAUUAUUAAUUCUUUGAUUUUUUUUUUUUUUUUUUUUUUAUCUCUUCGUUGGGGUAUACAAUUUUUGCACAUGUGACAAUCAUUAUUUGCUGGCUAUUUCCUAUUGGUUAUCUAUCAGAUGGCCUUUUUUAACAAGCAUUCUCAGUAACCUCAAUCAGGUGAAUUUUUACAAUAUGCACUGAUUUGUUUUCACUUAUCACACCCUGCAGGCACUUAAUUUAAAGGUGGUACACAUUAAUAUGCAGUGCUGUUUUGUUUUUGUUUUUUUCCUUUCACUAUCAAGAGUUUCGUAUACCUUCCGAAGAUAUCGACAAGCAAAGGUUUUCACUCGGGACUGUGAAAAUAAGAAUGUAUUGUAUUAUUUUCUACAUGGAUGUACUGUAUGUGUACAUAAGACUAGUAAUCUAUUAAAUUCCGUGUCCUUGUAAUCUAUUUGCAGAAAGGUUUGAGACAUAAGCUGCAGUAACUUCAGAAACACUACCCUUAUUUAUUCUAAGUCUGUAUCGUCCCAGUGUUAUCCGGUUGUUCCAAGUGUUGAAUAACAUAAGAUGAAACAAGCUACAAACAGCGUUGAUUGAUUUGGUGUUAUUGGCAUUUCCAGUGAAAAGCAGUAAUUAGACAGAUCCCAGCUUGGGUGAAUUGAACUGUUGGUACUUGUCAGUUAUUACUUUGCCUCAAGGAACAGCCGUGUUCGCUUACAAAGUUGAAUUUCUACUUUAAUAAGACUUUUGGUUAAUGCACUUCAGGAUAUUACUGACUUUGCACAAAAAUGUGUUUGACUCCAACAGAUUUUUUUUUUUUUUUCAAUGGGAUCAUGUCGUACAACAGACUCUAGCCUUAUUCAAAAGUUUAUUUAGUUUAUGUUAAGGUACACAAGUUCAUCAUUAACUAGUUGCUUAUCAUAUUUUACUGCUAGACCAUGAACAAACUGUUUUCCCUCAAAAACCUCCUGACUGCUGCUUCUUGAUAUUAAGUAUGAAAGUUUUUGUUUUGUUUUAUUUUGUUUUUUUAUUGUAGUCUGCUUUGCUCAUUAUCGGCAAAAAUGAGAAGUUUUUUUGUUUGUUUCUUUAGGGAAAACUGCAGCCUAUGGUCCUGCAGAUUCAAACAUUAAUAAGUGCUGCGUAUUAACUUAUAAAGAGCUGAUACUGAUAUACAAUUUUACUGUAUCCUAAUCCGCAGCUUGUUAAUGAUGACUGUGUAUCAGAGUGUAAUAGUUUAUAUAGUGAUAAACCAGACUGCUACAUUGUGCUCAUACAAACGAUAAAAAUCUUUAAUGCUGAAAAGUUAUCUACAAUAUGAAUGCGUGAUAUUGUCAUUUGUCGCUGUUUUUACAAACCGUAACAUGGCCAAAUUCCUUGUUGCUGUACUUUUUUUUUUUUUUUUUUUUUUAAUAAUUCACUGUGUUUAAGCUGCAGGUCGUAUCACUACACUUCUGUACUCGUUGCACAUGUGAUCUCUUUUUUUUUUUUUUUGCACUCUCUUAUUUAAUGUUUUUUUUCCAGUAAUGCUUGCCUCUGAUUACCAAAUCUGUCAAUUCCAAUCCCAUCAUGCCCAUCAGGUGUUCUUUUGUAGCCACGGUAAACAUCAACCUGCCCAUUCAUUUCCUCUACUUUGACACACACCCUGCGUAAGUGGGAGCAGAUUGUUAUUUCUUGUCUUUUUUUUUUUUUUUUUUUCUUACCGCUGUCCUAAGCCCAUUACACGCCCAUCUGGAACGACAGAGAGAUUUUAAUGGAAGCGUACGUACAAUGCCGCAUGUCCUGCAGGCAAACAUUAAUUCACUGCUCGAUAUUUUCUGCCAAUAUAGCAAAAAGUAAUGUGCAUUUUUUAAAAUUUUUAGUCUCAGCGUUCUUUGUGUUUAUACCAAAGUUUAGCAGUAAAUGCUCUGUCAAUUCCCUAAUGCUGCUUUUCUUUUUUUUUUUUUUUUGUUUUUUGUAUUGUCGAAGUUUUGCAUUUUGUUUUCAGUAGUAUUUUUGGACUUUGUUUACCUGUACAUUCUGUAAAGCAUGUCUAAAGAGCCUUUUUGUUACAUAACCAUUACUCAAACAUUAAACAUGAAUUCUGAUAAUCU